AUCUUUGUCUUAUGUUUCUCUAUGGAGAGCAUCAGAGCUCCAUUCAGAGGUGUUGCACAAGAUGUCCGAGGAAGGGCGUCGUGUUAUAAGCACGAUUGGCUUGCUGGAAUUCGCUCUGGAUUGGGGAUACUUGCUCCAACUAUGUACAUCUUCUUUGCAUCGGCUCUUCCUGUUAUUGCCUUUGGAGAACAAUUGAGUAGGGAUACAGAGGGAAGUUUGAGCGCUGUAGAGACUUUAGCUUCUACGGCUAUAUGUGGUAUCAUACACUCCCUACUUGGUGGCCAGCCGCUUCUGAUAUUAGGAGUCGCAGAGCCUACUGUUAUAAUGUACACUUACUUGUACAACUUUGCUGAAGGAAAGGAAGAUUUGGGAAAAUCCUUGUUCUUAGCUUGGGCUGGAUGGGUUUGUGUUUGGACAGCUAUUUUCUUGUUUAUGUUAGCGAUCUUCAAUGCUGGCUCCAUAAUUAUCAGAUUUACAAGGGUUGCUGGGGAAACUUUUGCGAUGUUGAUUGCUCUUCUAUUUAUUCAAGAGGCUAUUAAGGGAAUAGUAAGUGAAUUUAACAUACCUGAAGGUGAGAACACAAAUUCAGAAAAGUAUCAGUUUCAGUGGCUUUACACGAAUGGGUUACUAGCAAUCAUAUUUUCGUUUGGACUUCUUUAUACCGCCUUAAGAAGUAGAAAGGCACGAUCAUGGUUGUAUGGUACAGGGUUGCUCAGAAGUUUCAUUGCAGAUUAUGGUGUUCCCUUGUUGGUCUUAGUCUGGACAACACUCUCAUAUAGUGGACCCAGCAAACUUCCUUCUGGAGUCCCAAGAAGGCUUUUUAGCCCACUCCCCUGGGAUUCUGCUUCUAUUCACCAUUGGACGGUGAUUCAGGACAUGGGUAAGGUUCCUCCGGUAUAUGUCUUUGCUGCCAUAGUUCCUGCUAUAAUGGUAGCUGGGCUAUAUUUUUUCGAUCACAGUGUUGCUUCUCAACUAGCUCAACAGAAGGAAUUUAAUCUCAAAAAACCUUCUGCCUAUACUAUUCACUAUGACAUCUUGUUAUUGGGAUUCAUGACUUUGCUUUGUGGAUUGAUCGGAAUACCUCCUUCAAAUGGUGUCUUGCCACAAUCUCCGAUGCACACUAAGAGCCUUGCCGUUCUCGAAAUACAGACUAUCCGUAGAAAGAUGGUUCAAAGUGCUAAAGAAAGCAUGAAAGAGCAAGCUAGCAAGUUGGAAAUCUAUAACAAGAUGCAAAAUGUGUUCAUAGAAAUAGACAGCUCACCAGUUGCCAACUCAGAGUCAAAAGACUUGAACGAUGCUCUAAUGAAUACAACUGAUGGAAUAACAGAAACAGAAUCAGAGUUUAAAGUAUUCUUAGAGUUAAAAGACUUGAAGGAUGUUGUGAUGAAUACAAGUGACGGCCAAACAGAAACAGAACCAUUUGACCCUGACAAACACAUUGAUGGCAACUUGCCUGUACGAGUUAAUGAGCAGAGAGUGAGCAAUCUGUUGCAGUCUCUCCUUGUUGCUGCAUCUGUAUUUGCAAUGCCGGUGAUCAAACUGAUUCCAUCAUCAGUUCUAUGGGGAUAUUUUGCCUACAUGGCAAUUGAUAGUCUCCCAGGAAACCAACUCUGGGAAAGAUUGACACUUCUCUUAGUUUCUCCGGGAAGGAGAUACAGAGUUUUGGAAGGUGACCAUGCUUCAUUUGUAGAAUCAGUACCAUUCAAAAGCAUUGUUGGAUUUACGCUGUUUCAGUCUGCAUUUUUGUUGCUGUGUUAUGGAGUGACUUGGAUCCCAAUAGCUGGUAUUCUCUUCCCCUUGCCAUUCUUUCUACUGGUAAGCAUAAGACAGCAUAUAUUGCGGAAAUUAUUUCAACCAAAUUAUUUGAGGGAACUGGAUGCUGCUGAGUAUGAAGAAAUAGCCGGUGCACCUCGACAAUUGUUUAGUGGGCCUCUGACUUCAAGGGAUAGAGAAACAAUUCAGUCUGGAAAUGUGACUGGAGAAGUAGAAGUCUGUGAUGCAGAAAUAUUAGAUGAGCUGAUGACUAACAGAGGGGAGAUCAAGGUCAGAGCUCUAAGCUUCCACGAUGAGAAACACAUUCAGGUUCAUCCCCAUGAUACUCCAGAGUCCAGCAGCAUGAGAAAUGAUUGAUCCCGGUAAUAUACUAUACAUUAUAAGAUGAGAGCAAUACAUUUUGUUCUCACAGAAUGAAGAAGUUUGCCGUACGAAGGAGAGAGCUGGAAUAAAGCAUCCUUGCUGCAUGCAAGUUGAUGUGUAAUUUAUUUGAUGUUUUACUGUUUUGUCUUUGCUACAGUAUACUGUUGUGUAAAUUCGUAUGCACGGUAUAGUAUGUUCUGAGAGAUAACUAUAGGAUCAAGGACAUUAUAUUUUUUGUUCUAAGUUGUUUGGAUGGACUGUAGUAUGGUAAUCAAUAACAGGUGUCCCAUUUUUUGGGUUGA